UAGCAAAAAAAAGUAAAAACAAAAGAAAACGAAGGAAAUUUAAACGGCACAAAAGACUGCUCAUUCACUCUAAUUCUCUUUCUCUGAGUGUACAAAAAUAGACUCUCCUUCACUCGUCGAAAUCGUAACGGUUCUCCUUGGCAUUUCGGCGGCACCGAUUUUUCCGUACGCUCCGGCGAUCUUCUUGAAUUUCUCCGGGACUUUGUUCCUCCACUGCUUCGGAUUAGCCUCAUUUCGAUUUACACAUUUUUUUUUCCCUUUAAUUUCUUCAUUUUGAAUCCAAGAAAAUAAUCAAGAGGUAUACAGAAUGAUAGGAUCCUUUCUCACCAGAGGACUCGUAAUGGUUUUUGGCUAUGCUUAUCCAGCUUAUGAGUGCUACAAAACUGUUGAAAGGAAUAAGCCGGAGAUCGAGCAACUUCGCUUCUGGUGCCAGUAUUGGAUUUUGGUGGCUGUUUUGACAGUUUGUGAGAGAGUUGGAGAUGCUUUUAUUUCAUGGGUUCCGAUGUACAGUGAAGCUAAGUUGGCAUUCUUUAUAUAUUUGUGGUACCCUAAAACAAAGGGAACGACGUAUGUGUAUGAUUCAUUCUUUAGACCAUAUGUCGCGAAGCAUGAGACUGAGAUUGAUCGUAGCUUGUUGGAACUGAGGACUAGGGCUGGAGAUAUUGCAGUUUUGUAUUGGCAACGAGCUGCAAGCUAUGGUCAGACAAGAAUAUUUGAGAUUUUGCAGUAUGUUGCUGCACAGUCAACGCCGCAAUCUCGCCCUCCUCAGCGACAACAAUCAAGUGUCAGGGGUCGCCAACCCCCUGCUACUCCUAAUCGUCAACCAACUACUACGGCACAACCACAAACUGAAGAGCCGCCAUCUCCCACUUCAAGUACAUCUUCCAGUCAACACCAAAAGGAGGUAGAGGAAGAGGAAGAGGUUGGCCCUUCAGAAGUGCCUACAGAAGCUCCACCUGCAGCAGGUGUGAAUACUCAAAAAGAAGCUGCUCCAGCUGAAACCACCAGCCAAGCCACAGCAGCCGAAGCUCAACCAAUGCUGAUUGAAGCAGCACCUGCAGCACCUGCUGCUUCAGCUGAUGAGAACUUAAAUCCUCCCCCAAAAGAAACAGUAAUGGAAGAUGCCAUUCGGUUUACACGUGGCCGGCUGAGGAAAAACCGUUCUUCAGUCAAAAGUUAAAAGAAUGGAGUUAGUUAUUUCCAAUUUUAUAUCUUGCAAAAAUAGCAUUUCAUCUAGGUGGACCAUAGUGGUGGGUAUUGAAUUGUGAUGUGGACGUGGAUGUAAAUCUGUUGUUUUCUAGCUUCUAUUCCAUUUGUUGUUUCAUUUUUUUUUU